AUGGAAGAGUUAUCAGGAAUGUAUAUGAAUAAAAAUAAAAAUGAAGAAAAAGUAAUUUAUAUAAAAAGUAUAGGAAAUUUUUGCAAAAAAUUAAAAUUUGAUGAUGAUAAUAAGAUUAGUGAAGUUUUAAGAAGAAAUGAUUUAUUGAAUGAAGAUGAAACACAUUUAUACCAAAUCAGAAACAAACUUAUUGAUUUAGAUAAAACUUUUUCAUAUUAUAAUGUGAAUAAUGGAGAUAUUAUUUAUAUUUUACCAGCACCUGCUCCUCUUCCUUAUUUAAUAUAUUUAUUCCAUCAAAAAACAGGGCGAGUUCAUUGUAUUGAAUUAAAUCAUAAAGAUUCAGUUGAUUCACUCCAUAAGCAAGUUGCAAAAAUAUUAAAAAUAAAAGAAGAAGAUCAAAUAUUAAUAUACGGCGGCAAAUGUUUAAGCAAUAAAAAGACUCUAAAAGAGGAAAAGUUAACAAGAGAAAGUUUAGUUACAAUACUAGAUAAAAAAGACAUACCAGAUAUAGAUAAUGGGCAUGAAUAA